UCCUCUUCUCAUCUCUCUUUCUCUGGACACUGUUGUAGUCCAGCAAUGGACGCCGCAACAGCAACAACAGCAACCUCAACGAUCAGAACAAUACACACAUUUUCGCCUUCUUCUACAACCCGUAAAAUUCUGGCAUUGCCUACUAUCCGAAACCAAACACGUUCCUUUUACACCGCCAACAGAUCUUUCCCCAGCCAACAAUUGAAAAGUCGUUCAUUUACAAGAUGUUCUACAAAGCCAGGAAUCGACAGCAACAACGCGACCAACACAAACAAAUCCCUCGGGCUCGAGUCGAGAUCCCCAGCACAGCAACUGACGACUUCUCCGCCAAACCAAACCCCAACAUCGACAUGGUCAACUGGUCUAGUCUUUGAUCUGUGUCAAAAAAAAUCAUGGGACAGUUCCGAGAUCGGAUCUCCCGUGGUGAAAAGGUUCAUCGGCGACAAUGAAGAGCGUUGGUACAUGUGGUACCACGGUAGGUCGUCCGAUCAGAACAACAGUUCCAACUCCAUCGGCCUCGCGGUUUCUAGUAAUGGGAUACAUUGGACGAGAGGAGCUGAACACGUCAUGUCGUGUGGUGAGGACGAGGGUUUGGUCAUGAGCUGCUCGAAAAGUUGGUGGGCAUUCGACACGAAGAGCAUGAAGCCUUCGGAGAUGGUCAUCAUGUCGAGUCCAAUGUAUAGCGCAGUGUACUGGCUUUACUACACUGGGUAUAGUUCGGAAAAGGUGGACUGUGCUAACUAUCCGGUUGGUCAGUAUCCAGUGGACUCAUUUAAGUCUCUGCCAGGACUGGCUUGUAGCCAGGACGGCCGAAACUGGGCAAGAAUCGAAGGGGAUUGUCAUAGUGGUGCCCUGCUUGACGUAGGGUCCAAAAAUGAGUGGGAUUCUCUGUUCAUUGCAAAACCUCAAGUAGUUGUGCAUGGCAACGAUGACAUGAGAAUGUAUUAUCAUUCGUUUGAUGCAGAAAAUGGUCACUUUGCAAUUGGGAUGGCGAGAUCCAGGGACGGAAUAAGAUGGGUGAAGCUGGGGAAAAUUAUUGGGGGAGGAGCGAAAGGGUCAUUUGACGAGCUUGGGGUGAAAAAUGCUUGUGUGGUUAGGAACAGGAAGGAAGGGAACUACUUGAUGGCGUACGAGGGUCUGAGGGCAGAUGGGAAGAUAAGCAUUGGUCUCGCUGUAUCUCCCGAUGGGCUGAAUGAGUGGACGAGGGUCCAAGAUGGACCGGUUCUCAGUCCAUCGGAAGAUGACGCAUGGGACAACGAAGGAGUCGGCUCACCGAGCCUGGUACAGAUGGAAGGGAACGUAGACUUGUGGAGGUUGUAUUAUGUGGGUAUUGGGGGACAAGAGCGAAGGACCGGGAUUGGGAUGGCGAUUUCAGAAGGUAGUGACGUGAGAACCUUCAGAAGGUGGGCAGGGUUUCAAUCCUAAACUCUCAUGUAACAGUUGUAACUAGUAGCUACAUAACAAUGUAUAGAAUUAUUGGUGUAUUAUGGCAUGUAUUCAAUAAUUUAAAGUA